AUGGGUGGUUUGAUGGGUGGGAAUGAUCCAAGCAAGACUGCACUAUUUGUGCAGUCUUGCUUGGAUCAUAUUUAUGUACGAGCAAGUGAUGCGUCUAUAGACUCUGCGGUAAUUAAACAUAAAAUAUCCGAUCAUUAUUUAACAGCAGUUGCGGUGCAAUGGAAACGUACGGGGUGGACAAUAUUCCGCGAACCGAGCGCGCGAGCGUCGUCGCACAUGUCGCACGACGACAUAAUCACAUUGGAAUGUCCUAUUGAGUUGUACAACGCUUUAAGUCAGAGAUUUGUUUCAAUUUAUACUGAAUGUUACAAAAACAGAAAAGUAGUUCACAGCAAUAGAAAUAAAAUAUGGAUUAACAGCAAUCUAAAGGAAAUGUUAAAAAAUGUGAAAGAGAUAGAUUGUUCAACAUAUGGAGUAAGGAAUCAAAGAAUAUGCUAA